AAUUUAAGUGCUUUGCAGACAAAAAGAUGCAAAGUGCAUUGACAGACAAGAAGUUGCUUAUAAUGGCCAUUCUUGAUUUUUUACUUCCUAAGGUGAAGGAAAUCAUAUACCAGACUCUUAUAAAAGAGAGAAUAAGUUUUUAAAGAGGAAACCAUGGCUUCAAACAGCAUAUUUGAGUCAUUUCCUUCUUACCAGCAGUGCUUCGUUCGAGAUACCAGCACCAGCCGCCGCUUCACGCCGCCCUCCACCACUCUGAGCCCGGGCAAGAUGAGCGACGCGCUGCCGCUGGUCGGCCAAGAGAACGGCAGCAGCGCCCUGGUGGGGAAGCUGAGAAACGCAGAUCGCAGCAUGGUGGAUGUCUUAGCCGAUCAUCCGGGAGAACUGGUCCGCACCGAUAGCCCCAACUUCCUCUGCUCUGUCCUGCCGACCCAUUGGAGGUGCAACAAGACUCUGCCGAUCGCUUUCAAGGUGGUCGCAUUAGGAGAUGUCCCUGAUGGGACUUUGGUCACAGUUAUGGCUGGAAAUGAUGAAAACUACUCUGCAGAACUCAGAAAUGCUACUGCUGCCAUGAAGAAUCAAGUAGCAAGAUUCAAUGAUCUAAGAUUUGUUGGUAGAAGUGGAAGAGGGAAGAGCUUCACAUUGACUAUCACAGUCUUCACGAAUCCUCCACAAGUAGCUACGUACCACAGAGCUAUCAAGAUAACAGUGGAUGGGCCUCGAGAACCAAGAAGACAUCGUCAGAAACUAGAUGAGCAAACAAAGACUGGAAGUUUGUCCUUUUCAGAGCGCCUGAGUGAACUGGAACAGUUGCGUCGCACAGCUAUAAGGGUUAGCCCACAUCAUCCAGCCCCGGCACCUAACCCAAGAGCUUCUUUGAACCACACAACUGCUUUUAAUCCACAGCCUCAGAGUCAGAUUCAGGAUACAAGGCAACUUCAGCCAUCUCCUCCCUGGCCUUAUGAUCCAUCUUACCAAUACCUGGGAUCAAUUGCAACUUCUUCUGUUCAUCCAGCCACACCGAUUUCACCCGGAAGGGCUAGUGGAAUGACCUCCCUUUCUGCAGAGCUUUCCAGCCGGCUAACAAGUGCUUCUGACCUAACAGCGUUCAGUGAUCCAAGAGUAGGAAUUGAUCGUCCAUUUUCUGCCAUUCCUUCCAUUUCUGAUCCUCGUAUGCACUAUCCUGGAGCAUUCACCUAUACUCCAACCCCAGUCAGCUCAGGAAUAGGAAUUGGCAUGUCUGCCAUGACCACCGCCACCAGAUAUCACACAUACCUACCACCUCCCUAUCCAGGUUCUUCUCAGGCGCAAGGUAGCCCAUUUCAGACCAGCUCUCCUUCGUAUCAUCUCUACUAUGGAACAUCAGCAGGAUCUUACCAAUUUUCCAUGAUGUCUGGUGGUGAUCGGUCUCCCCCACGUAUUCUGCCUCCUUGCACUAAUGCUUCCACCGGAUCUACUUUACUCAAUCCCAACCUUCCAAACCAAAAUGAUGUUGUGGACACUGAAGGCAGUCAUAGCAACUCCCCCACCAAUAUGGGAACCACAGCAAGAUUAGAAGAAGCAGUGUGGCGACCAUAUUGAAUUAUAAUUACAGGUGUCUAUUCUGGUAAUAUCCAUGCUUUUAUAUGACAAAUGAGAGCACUGCCAUGUUUAUCUUUCACACAGAAUAACAAUCAGUUCUGAAGUCAGUAUUUCUGGAAAUAUCGCUAUGAUGUUCUCUGAUUGAUUUUGCUCAAUGAAGUGAUUACAUUCCCAUAGACUUCUUCCAAGUCUGAACUUCAGAAAAUAAUAACAUUUUAAAAUUGUAGUUUUGUUCACUCAUGUUGGCUAUAAAUAUGGAAAAGGAUAGAUACUCAAUAUGUGUCCAGAGUUUGAGACUUUGAAAUUUAAAGUAUUUUGUUUGACAUCUGGUGCUGAGACAUUUAGUCUUACACAAUCUUAAAUAAUUUAAUCAAUCAUUUUGACCUGUAAGUUAAAAGGAAGUAUACAACAAUUCUCAGAGAGAAACUGUGAAUGCUUCUAAUUUAGCAAUGCUGUGAAUAAGAGUUUUUAUAUCCUGGAAAUAAUUUUUUAAUCAAGUUGUAUAUCCCAAAGAAUACAGGAAUUGUUUUUAUUUUUAUUAUGUUUUUCAGCUGCAACUCAUCCUUCUUUGUGUAUCAUCUUCCUUUAUUGGCACCUUAAAAUCUGCAGAAAGAUUUAAUCCUUUUUUUUAUAAUGUGCUCGCUUUUCUUGUACUUUGUCAGCUAAAUUCAUCUACAAAAGCCUCUUUUCUAGAAAAGUAAUUUAAUUUUUUUAAUAUAAAGGAGUGACAACCUACAGUCCUUCUCAACUACUGAAAAAGUACAUGAUGAGUUGCUCAAUAUUUAUGCUCUGCAUUGAACUUUUGUGUGUGAUGCUUUUAUUUAAAUAAUGCUUUGAAAAUAAGCACAUACAUUUUGUAGCAACCAAAGUUUAAAAUUAUUACAUAUAAAAUGGCUGGAAUAAUUAUGGAUAAUGUGACUUUUAAUUAUUUAGAAAUAUUGUUUACAUUUAGCUCCAUUUCAUUCUCAUCAAUAAUUUAAACAAAGUCACUUUUGUCCAAUUGAGAAGCCAAGUUUCUUUGAAAAUGUUAUGAUGAUAAAAUGUCUUUGAAUAAGAAGUUUAGGUUUGCAUUUGGAUGCUGACUUGGGCACUGGAAGCAAAGAUUUGUCUCAGAGUAUAUAUUUUGGAAUUUCAAGUACAGCAUGAUAUUUAUAUUCCAUCAACUUUCUUAAAGACAACAUAAGGGGAAAAAAAUCAAACAACACAACUAAAUAUUAGCAUUCUAAAUGACUUUUAAGUUCCACAUUACGAUCAAAAUACAAUACAUCCCAGUUUUCUCCCUUGCCCUAGUAAGAGAUUCAAAAAUUCAUUUAAGGCUGUAUCCUAACCACAGUUUUGAAGACCUAAGUUCAUUACGGUCAGAGGUGGGCUGCUGCUUAUUUGGACCGGUUCAGGCGAACCGGUGGUUGCGACCUGUGGGUGGGCCGGCCCACCUGCCUGGGUUCAAUCCCAUCCUAUAUUGGUGUGUUUUUGAAACCACACGCAUUGGUGGACCGUACACACAAGCAAAUUGCUGUGUUUUUUGACCCUGCAUGCAUGAGUGGACGGCGCACAUGAGUGAAUUGCCAUGUUUUGUGAUGCCGCAUACAUGCACGGAUGGCGCACGCACUCACAUUUUCGGUGUUGGGCAAACCAGUUGUUAUAGUAUGUGAUGCCCACUUUUGAUUGUAGUCCCUCCCCCCAUAUGACACACAAUUCAGAGUAUUUUCUAGAAAUCUUACAUAAUUGAAUUUCAAACAAAUAAUAACUUAAGUGUGGGAUUCUUCAUUCCAGGCAUAUAUUCACUCAUUCAUCCUCAGCUACUUUGCACCCUUAUAAAAGAGAGGUGUGGGCAAUGUUGAGACUACUGAACCUGUUUUUGGUCCCCUGAGUAACUCCUGAAGUUCCCACUAAAAUUCAUAUAUUCAGAAUAUUCAAAUAUUCUGAUUUUCAGAGGAAAAUUAAUAAUGCUAUAUUUAAAGUGCAUUGGGGAAAGGGGGAGCAAUCCCAACGGGUAAGAUAAGAUCAAGAAACCUCAUCUACCACUCCAGAGAGGUGAUUUCACCACCACCUGGGAACUAAGGUGUAAUUUAUGGACACACAAAUGUCUGUUCAUAACAUAUAAAGAAAAAUGCUGAUACUUUUUCUCUCUCUAGGAAAAGUGCCCCACUCUUCCACUUUCUAUAAGUAGAUAGAGGCAGAGCAUAUACCAUAAAGUAAUAAUGUUUUUAAGAAGAGAUUGGAAUUUGUCUGAAAUGGUUUCCUGCCUAAGCAGCAGGUUGGACUAGAAGGUCCCUUCCAACUCUGUUAUUCUAUUCUAAGUGCUAAGCAGCCCCACCCUGACAUCUUUCCAAUAUUCAAACUUGCAGCCUUCUGAGGAUGCUUAUGGUCCAGAAACAAAUCCUUGAAGAACAACUGGUUCAUAUGGAAUGUAGGCCUCACAUCUGUAUGUGUGUUUAUGUUUGUGCAUCCCAGCCUGUAACUUGGUGUUCAUUUUUGUUUGGUUCUAUUUGGAUUUUAUAAAAUAGCUCAACUUGGUAGUUGUUUAAAAAUGCCAUUGUUUUCUAAUACAUCUCAAACAUACAAGACGUUACUUUAAAUUAUGGUAUGCAGCACUAGUUUAUGUGGGAUCUGAAUGCAGUUGUACUCCUUAAGAUCACCAAUGCUCUCAAUUUCUAUCAGAAGAAUUCAUAUCUAGGCACAUCCAUGAAUAAUAAAUAGCACACUUCUCUUCCAAUUUAUGCAGAAAUAAGUACCCUCUAUACUUACUUGAGAAUAAGCCCCAAUAAACACAAUUCACUAGCUUCUUCCAGAAACAGACUGGAUUAAAUCCAUUUUAGCACUCUAUGUUCUGAGAAUGUAACAAUAAAAAGCACUGAGCUUGAGUUGGGUAAGAUUCUGGAGAAGCCAAUAAGCUUUAAGUGCUUGGCUGGCAUAUGCAGUGUUAUAGAUGUCAGCCAGGUUCAGAUGAAAAGUUGCAAAAGGCCAUGUGUAAGCACUUUGCAUGUAUUCAGAAUGCACUAAACUUACAAGAAUCGGGGAAGCUGCCUUAUACCAAGCUAGUUGUUCACAUAGUCCGGUAUUAUCUACUUCAGAAUCAGCCAAUAUUUCUGGCAUUGAGCACCAUUGGCAAAAUCUUUAGCACUCUCCUAUGAUGUUGCUAUAAUUUCACAGGGUUCUCAUGAAGUUUUCAACAAUUUUAAAUAUUGAUUUAAUUUGAACAUAAAUUACUUUGUGAGGGUUUAGAAGAUACCAUGCUACUUAUAGACAGCUUGUUGCUGAUGCCUAUCAAUAACAAUUUUCCACCAUCAGACAUUUUUCACAAUAGUUGCUAACCGUCCUUUCAGUUGGCAAUGUCAGCUAUUUAAACCAAGGUCCUUCUGUAUGCAAAGUAUGUGCUUCACCACUGAGCUAUGACUCAGUUUUUGCAGGUGUGCCGGUUUCCUCUUACAUGUGGAAAUAUGAUAUACUCUUACAGUAUAUCGUAAACAUUCAGAAAACAGUGCAGUAAUGUAGGAAGGUCUUAAGUUGAGAGCACUACAUCUAAUGUUUCAACUAUUAUCUUUUCAUACCUUUCAAUAUCUUCCUGGAAGUAAACUCAUAUAGCACUCCCUAGAUUAAAAUGUAACAAUACUAACAAUUACUUAUUUCUUACUUUAUUAUAUUAAUCCUUUAUUAUCCCUGGUGGGCUCUUUACUUAAUAUUUAAGAUGUCCCAAUUCAUUGCCUUCCUCCCCCUCCCCUCCCCAAAAAAACUAACCAGAUUUGCUUUUCCAAACUGUCUUUCUCAUGACAUUGUCAGUAUUAGAAUUUGAAAGGCAAUUAAUCACAAAUGAAUGCCAGUGAACUUUUAAAAGUGUAUAUUCAAGAUUUCAAGUAUGAACUUGACCAUAAGGCACAGAGAGUCUACAUUUUUAAAACUUGAUAUCUUCCAGAUGUGUUGGAUUUCAUCUGUCAUCAUCCCCAUCCACUUUGAAUAACUGUAAUGGUUUCAUAAAUAUUUUCAAUAAUUUGAAGGGGAGAUAGCACUUCAUUGAACUUUAAUUUUAUAAGACGUUGAACACAUUUGAUUUUAUCCUGCAAAAUAUUGCUUUGUAAUUAGAAAUGCUAAAAUAAAAUUACUCCUAAAAAUAGAGCUUUACAAAUAUACAGACAUCACAUGAUAAUAAAUUUGUUGACUUUCUGUUGGAUCUCAUUCAGAAGGAAAAAUUGCAAGGUGAUGUAUUUAUAAUUCACUGUUUUUUCCUACCUUUAAAUAGUAUGCAACCUCUGUGAUGCUUCCACUUUUGGAGCAAUGGUUCUUAUUAUUGCAUUCUGUGAAAAAUUUGGGAGUAAAUUCUGGUGAAUAAUCUUCCCUAAUGUUAUAUGGCAGCCGUCCCUGCAUUUGGGGAGAUUAAAUGCAAUAGUUGAAAGACCCCAGAUUACACUAAAUCUCUCAAAGUGGUCACCUCAGAGGAAAAUUCCUGUUUUAAUGAAACAUAGUUGGGUAGAUUUAAUUUAGGACUUACUGGUCCCAUGCUUGAAGUGCUUUGUUUUCCUAAAACAUAGAAUCAGACUUGGUAAAGCUGAUUAUAUAUUUGAGUAAAACUCAUCUGGAGCCCUGUGAAAGGUAUUUUUUAACACUGCCUUUCUCAAGCAGGUGUUUUGAAGAUGUGCUUGAUUUCAAUACUGAUCAGAAAUGCUAGGCGUCAAAGUCAAAAAACAUUUGGAGAGCAUCAGCUGUUUUAUAUUUUAUAAAAAUCAAUUAUACAUCGGCAUUUCUUUUGAUCCUGAAAAACAGCUAUUCCUUUUACAGCAAUUUGCUUUAUUUUUCUGUCUGACAAUUUUCCCCCUCCAAUUCAACAAUAUUACCAUCUUGUAAAACAGAUCAUGAAAUACCUGGCUUAAUAGCAAAUAGUAAUUGCUUUAUUGAAAUGAAUUUGAUUUUAGUUGAGCUGAACUGAUUAAAAAAAAUAAUCUGCUGGGUUAUCAAGUUCCAUAACUGAGUUUAUAAACAUACUUUAUCUGUAAAAAGAAAAAGUAAGCCUUAUUUCAAAUGACUAUAUAUUUGGGGUUAAAUAACCUCUGAUACUGCUGUUGAAAUAACAUUUUCCCACAUCAUAAUUCAGUGAAGCAAAUGGUUCUUAUUUAUUUCUGUAUAUUAAGAUUUCUAUUAAAAGGCCAAGCUGAUUUCCAACAGAUGACACCUAAUUAUAAAUAAAGUACUCAUUACUGUCUCCAGAAGAUUUAGUUACAAUUGCUUUAAAAACAAUCCAACCUUUGUUUCUAACAUUUUGCCAUUCUAUCAACCUUUGGUUGAUUUCCCUUGGACAAUACUAUCCACUAAUUAUUUUGUUUUGCUUGUCAUAAAAGGGUUGUCAUAAGAUGUAAUUGUAUUUAUGUAUGUAAAUAAGUUUUAAAAGCUUCAUAGAACAUAUUGGUAAUGCUUGUAAGUAUUUGACAUUUUCCUCUUUUACAACACCUUUACCGAAUUCACUUUUCUUAAAUAUUGUAGAGAUCUUUCUUCCAGCUUAAUUAUUUUAGGUUUUGAGAUGAACUGUUUUAGUUACUUUGUAAACAGUUAAAGCAUGGUUUUAUGUGGCACAUUGAAAUAUCUUUGCUUUUUUGUUGUAGGAGAAUGUGCAAGCAACUGUGGGUUAUUUGUGGUAUUUGAAAAGUAGCAGACCCAAGUUAGUGAAAUGUUUCAGGAGAUGUAAAGUGGUAAAUUUGAUGAGUGAACAACAUAAAAAGCAAAUUGGGCUGCUUUUGAGAACUAUGUUAGAACAUGUGAAUUCAACUUUUCCUGGGUGUAUUUAUGAUCGGCUUAUACCGUGUACAAGAAUAGCCACACCUUUUCCUGAUCUGGUUACAUGGGUCACUUUUAGAAGGGGUUCUCCCCAAACAAUAGUGUUUUCUUCCAUGGGGGAGAACAGUCCAUUUUUACCCACUCAACUAAGCCUCUAGUUGCGUAGGCCCUUCCACAAAACAAGGUCAAUGUGUCCAGAAGAAUUUAUUGUGAGUAGCAUGCAGAGCAGCUGGACUGUUGCAUUACUUCUACUGGAAACUUGCUUUCUUUGUACCAUAACUCUUCUGUACAUUCAAUAUUACAGUUAGUAUCAAUGACAAAUAAACUGUUUGA